AUGACGUCGUCUCCGCGUGAACUCGUAUCGACCAUCGUCCUUUCAUUUGUCGUCACGCUAUCGUCGGCGAGUGGCAUGUGUCAGGCGCCACCUGGUGAGUAGUGGAUUGUUGCCCCUUGUUUCUCAUGUUGUUGUCGUUUCGCAGCGGUACAAAAGUGGUCCAACCAAUUAUAGAUGAGGGGACUGCGUUUCAAGCCGUUUCAAGUAAAUAAAUAGUGAAACAAGAUGUUGAUAAGGCGUGGAAAAAACAAAACAGAGAACUUAAAAGGACGUUUCGACUAAAUGCCUCCUUCAGCAGUCAUUUAAAAAACAAAAACAAAGAAAUGUAAAUAGAAAAAAAAUUUAAGUGUUAUCAGAUAUGCACAGACAGAUAUUGCACACACACACACACACACACACACACACACACACAUGUUUCAGAUGGAGGCUCCCCCCCCCCAUGUUUCAAAUAGGAGCUCCACCCAUGUUUCAGAUGGAAGCUCCACCCAUGUUUCAGAUGAAAGUUCCAUCCAUGUUUCAAAUUGAAGCUCCACCCAUGUUUCAGAUGAAAGCUCCAUCCAUGUUUCAGAUGGAAGCUCCACCCAUGUUUCAAAUGGAAGCUCCACCCAUGUUUCAAAUGGAAGCUCCACUCAUGUUUAAAAUGGAAGCUCCACCCAUGUUUAAGAUGGAAGCUCCACCCAUGUUGCAAAUGGAAGCUCCACCCAUGUUUCAGAUGAAAGCUCCAUCCAUGUUUCAGAUGGAAGCUCCACCCAUGUUUCAGAUGAAAGCUCCACCCAUGUUUCAGAUGGAAGCUCUACCCAUGUUUCAAAUGGAAGCUCCACCCAUGUUUAAGAUGGAAGCUCCACCCAUGUUUCAGAUGGAAGCUCCACCCAUGUUUCAAAUGGAAUCGUCACCCAUGUUUCAAAUGGAAGCUCCUCCCAUGUUUCAAAUGGAAGCUCCACCCAUGUUUAAGAUGGAAGCUCCUCCCAUGUUUCAAAUAGAAAUUGAAAUGAAUGAAACAGCCAAACGAGGUAUGUGGAAGCUUGAAUUAGAGAACAGGACACAAAGAUUAGGACGUUUCGGCAUAAAGCCUUUUUCAGAUAACAGUAGAAAUGAAAAUAUCACAAAGAACAGAGCACAGUAAACAACUCACGAAAUAUCCAUUGCUGUCGCCGGAAGUGGGAACACAGGAAGCGCGAGAAUAUAAAUAUUGACACUGUGAAAAAUAAGGUCCACAAUAAUAAUGGACCAGAAUAUCCAGGGAUACAUAAACACACAGGAAUAAGAAAAUAGAUGAAACAUAGGUAAACGGAGAAACAUCAGUAGGAUAUUAUUUGAUUAAUACCAUAUGGAGAUAUGGUGCCAAACAGCUGAAUAAAUUUACUUUCCAUUUUAACCCUCUCUGGUGUGUUACUGCAUGAAAUCAGUACCGUAAUGGUUACAUCCAAUGUACCUUUAUGUUCUUUUCUGUUGAAAUGAGAAGAGACUGGGGAAGGUUUACAUUGCUCAAUAGCCCGGAGAUGCUUAGUAAACAUGAGAUUUGAAACAUGGGUGGAGCUUCCAUUUGAAACAUGGCUGGAGCUUCUAUUUGAAAAAGGGUUGGAGCUUCCAUCUGAAACAUGGGUGGAGCUUCCAUUUGAAUCAUGGGUGGAGCUUCCAUUUGAAACAUAUGGGUGGAUCUCCCAUUUGAAAAAUGGAUGGAGCUUCCAUUUGAAACAUAUGGGUGGAGCUCCCUUUUGAAACAUGGGUGGAGCUUGCCUCCAUUUGAAACAUGGGUGGAGCUUCCAUUUGAAACAUGGCUGGAGCUUCCAUUUGAAAUAGGGGUGGAGCUUCCAUUUGAAACAUGGUUGGCGCUUCCGUUUGAAACAUGGGUGGAGCUUACAUUUGAAACAUGGGUGGAGCUUCCAUUUGAAAAAUGGAUAGAGCUUCCAUUUGAAACAUAUGGGUGGAGCUCCCUUUUGAAACAUGUGAGGAGCUUGCCUUUAUUUGAAACAUGGGUGGAGCUUCCAUUUGAAACAUGGGUGGAGCUUCCAUCUGAAACAUGGUUGGAGCUUCCAUUUGAAACAUAUGGGUGGAGCUCCCUUUUGAAACAUGGGUGGAGCUUGCCUUUAUUUGAAACGGGUGGAGCUUCCAUUUGAAACAUGGGUGGAGCUUCCAUCUGAAACAUGGUUGGAGCUUCCAUUUGAAAUUUGAAACAUUGUGGAGCUUCCAUUUGAAACAUGGGUGUAGCUUCCAUUGGAAACAUGGGUGGAGCUUUCAUUUGAAACAUGGGUGGAGCUUUCAUUUGAAACAUGGGUGGAGCUUCCAUUUGAAACAUGGGUGGAGCUUCCAUUUGAAACAUGGGUGGAGCGUACAAUGUACAGAGCAAAGGUGUGAAUGCCAGUGCUAGUCAAUUUUGUCGAAGAGUCACUCCGACUUUUAAAAUAACAUCAUUUGCGUCAUACUCUUGUCUGGAACUAACGCUAAUGCAAAACACACUUUGUUUAAGGCGUUGCAUUUCCGGAACAUGCAAUUGCAUCCCCCUUUUAAAAAAAACAACAAAAAAACUCAACCCAUUUUUCUUACACCAAGGGGAACAAAAAUAAAGAAUGAGGGUUAGGUUGUUGGGUUCGCAAAUUGAUUUAUCAAUAUGUGUGAGCAGCACUAUCUGCACAGCACUAAGUUCACAAUAUCUGUUGUGUUUUUUUUCUUGCUUCUUUUUCUUUUUUAAAUUGUAUUUCGAAACAUCUUAAUAUGUAAUGAACCAUUUCAGUCCUGCCCCGACUUUCUAUUACCAUUAACACGCUUUCCAUCAACGGGUGAGACUGCCAUAAAAAGGACAAGUAGGGUCAGGUUUGGGGGGAGGGGGGGGGAUUAAGUUCAUGAAGGCCAACCCCCCCACACCCCCACCCCCACCCCCCGCUCACCAAUCGUAAUUGAUUCGUCGCAAAGAUAACGCAGCUUUCAGGAGCCGAUCACGAUUUUGUAAAAGAUGUUAACUUCGGUGACCAAAAUGCAUGAGUAUGGGUGUGUGUGUGUCUGUGUGUGAGUGUGUGUGAGUGAGCGAGAGAGAGAGAGUGAGUGAGUAUAUGAGUGUGUGUGUGUGUUGUUUUUUGUUUCUUGUUCCUUUCAAAACGGGUUUUUUUUGUUUUUUUUUAAAUAAUAUUUUAAACUAAGUAGCUUAUCGAUCUGAUGUGUUAUGAGAUUAGUUCUGUUCAGGGCGAUGUACUCACUGGGUAAGUCGUUAAACCGAAGCACCCGCCGAGUUUCAAGAGACAUCGAACUCCGUACAGGUUAUUUAAGUUUCCUCGAAUCUUGUUCAUUUAAUUGUUUUGUUAAACAUCGUCUGAAACUAGAGUCAUUAAGGUUUGGGUAGUGUUGCGCAGAAGAAAGAUCAUUAAUUCUACUGUAUAAAACGCAUGUUUAUUGUUAUUUGUAAUUAAUUAUUUUAUGUAAAAAUUAUUAUUAUUUUUUUAUUUGUUUUUUUUUUUCUUAAAUUGUUUUUUCGAAUGCCAUUGAGAAUAGCUCUGCCGUGCCACGAAUGGCGCCCCUGCAUGUGCGAUAGGUGCCAAUCCACGGUCUAUAAGGCUGGCACAAUAACUAUUAAUAUGCUUAAGCGGCAUAUUGACCACCUUAGAGUAAUGAAAGUUAAAUUGCGAGCAUAAAAAGUGUAUGGAGGGGAAAAAAGGGGGGAGGUGGGUGGAGUUCCUAAACAAAAUCUGCAUAAUUAACUGCAUUAUUCGAUCUAUUCAAAAAAGCUUUGAACUCUUUUUAAAAGUUGGGAAAUUUCUAAAGCAGUCCGUCUCAACUGAUCGAAUAAAUAAAAAAAAAACCAUUGAGUUCAAUUCAAUUUUAAUGCGUUUUCGCCUCAUAGGGUUCGUUAUUUAAUGGCGGCAAUCUAUUAAUAGAACAUCCGGGCGUACAGUCGGGCCAAUCUCAUUAAGGAAUUAACGGGGAAAAAAUCCUAAUAUUCCGUUUGGCCUAUCUCUCAACAGCUGUUCGGUACUUGGACGUCAAUGUGUGAGCCUUAACCCUAGACGGAAAACGUGUUUACAACUUCUAAGUUACGAAAGACUUUACCACCCACACCCCACACCCCCCCCCCUGCCCCAACCCCCCGCCCCAACUCCACCAAAAAAAAAUAUUUACUGCUAUAUAUACAUUGUUAAAAGCUAUGUUUUACGAAAACAUUGUAUAAAAAUAGUAACAUUACGUAAUGCGAGAUGACGUUUUCUGAUCUUAGAAGAAAGAAAAACGGAUUUCUAUAGCGUCAAUAUAGGCCAUUGGUCGGCAAGCUCAUCAGUCAAAAGAAACAAAAAAUCAGCAGCAGGACAAAUUUGUUAAAAAUAUUUAGAGUCAAAUGUCUUUUCAAGAACCUGUCAAGAACCAUGUUCUUUCGGAGUCAAAACCGAUUUGUUGCCGACUGGCAGAGCUGCACGAUUGAGGUCGUUAAAGAGCCGCAUGCGGCUCGUGGGCCACGAUUUUCCGACCACUGAUCUAGGCCAAUGGCUCGGAGGCAGAAUCCGGCAUAUAUAUAUAUAUAUAUAUAUAUAUAUAUAUAUAUAUAUAUAUAUAUAUAUAUAUAUAUACUGGUGUUGAAAGAUUAUACAGAUUUUAUUAAGUUAUUAUGUUUUUAGAAAAAAAAAAAUAAACUAUCAAAUAUUAAACUGGAUAUGUGUUGAGGGUAUGGGCGCGGGAUUAUGAUCUUAGGCCUAUGGCUCAUGACAUAAUGUGUCAAUCCAGAAAAAACAUAUAUAUAUAUAUAUAUAUAUAUAUAUAUAUAUAUAUAUAUAUAUAUAUAUAUAUAUAUACUGGUGUUGAAAGAUUAUACAGAUUUUAUUAAGUUAUUAUGUUUUUAGAAAAAAAAAAUAAACUAUCAAAUAUUAAACUGGAUAUGUGUUGAGGGUAUGGGCGCGGGAUUAUGAUCUUAGGCCUAUGGCUCAUGACAUAAUGUGUCAAUCCAGUCCCGGGUGUAAGCAGUGUGAACAGACUAACAUACUGCUCGGCAACUUUUCGAGAGCCGAAAUCUCCAGGGAAUUUCUCUCACUAUAGCAUUACAUUCCUCUUAAAUCAAAAAUUUCAACUGGCAACCAUCGUGCAUAUAUAUAUCAUGGGAUCUGGAGUUGGUAAGAUCUCUGAUAGGUUCACGUUCAAAGUGGUGGUUAGUCCUGGGCUCGAAACAGACAGACGGUAAACGGAAUGGGGUUAAAAAGCCAAUAAACUGCCUAAAUCAGGCAGCUUAACUUAAAAACAUGUAAAAUAUUUUAGUAAUUUUUAAUUUUUUUUUGCACGAUAAUAAAUUCUAGAAUUUUGGAACAUGCACAGAUUGUUUCAUCUGCUUGUAUUGCCAAUGUCCUUGCACUGUUCACUCUCUGCGUUCUCUCGUUACAUUUCCAGAGAGCCCGACCAGCUAUGGCAGACUGUUUGUGAUUCCCUUUCCCAACGUUAAUGUCACCGUCAGCGCCGCUUUCCAGUACCAAGUCUACGUCACGAAUCCCGGCAACGUCACGGUUGGAGUCACGAUGGCGUCAUGCGACGGAGCUUCGAGGCAAAAUGCGAGCGUGGAAGCGAAGAGAUCCGCUGUCUUCCCGUUCAACAGCAGCUACAUGAUGAUUGGUG